AUGUUCACUUCAGAAGAUCUCUCCACGCAUGCUCGGAUCCCGCGCGAGCCAUCUGGUGUCGCCAAAGAACGUGACCCCGAUGCUAUACCUCUCGCAACGUUCCUUCGCUUCAUGGAUCUUCCCAAAGACAUCCGAUUCCUGAUCUAUGAACACCUACUCAAUCGGCGCAUCAAGCCUUUAUCUUUUCCGGACAAGGGGGUUGCCUAUGAGGUGGUCACAAUAGAUCCAGCAGUCGCCCAGGCGUCACGCCAGCUUAGGGACGAAGCACGAGUGGCGACGCGUCACCAGCGUCUUGGUGGACCGCUUGUAAUCUACAUGAUCAAAUCAUUCGAGCAUGUGGGAGAUGUUUCUCGCACACUAUCCAUGGCUUACGACUCUGAUCAACAACAUAUAUCACGACAGCGCAUUGAUGCAGCUGCAUUCGAACACGCGGAUGUGUCCGACUCGGUUUCAGAAAGCCCCAUCAGAUUGCUCCAUAACAUCUUUUUCUACGCUAUCACAGGAAAAUACUUCUUCGGUCGUCCACCCUCCGAGCGAAAACGGGCGAUAUUGCUCACUCGGAGUUACUUCGAAUUCGUUGUGAGGAAGCUGCGGCACAAUGCUCACGUAGAAUACCGGUUCUUGAUAAGGGCGAACAAUCUUACACGUAUGAACUCUGGUAAGGAUCGAGCAGAGCCCAUGAACACGGCUAUAUCCAGGCAAGGAAACACACGAUGCGACUUUGUCCUAGUCCCCGACAGUCACGCUACGCAAGCUUCUCUUUCACAAAUAGAGCUGUCACCGGCUGGCGAUUGUGUGCCCACGGAAUUGGCCACACCUAAAGAACUCGCCUAUAUGCGGACCAUGAUAUCCCAACUCGGAAGAGCCCGACCAACACAAUCAGGGCUGCGGUAA